GUCCAGUUUUUAGAGCACGCCAUAAGAGUAAUGGAAUGUUUUCCCACACUUGCGACCCUGCAAAGUUGAAUAGACACAAAAUAUUUUGCUAUCCAAGCAGUUCGCUUUAAUAUACAGAAGAGAAAGACAAACAUGGCCACAGUAUUUGUAGCGAUAGACGAUAGUAAAUUUGCAGAAAACGCCUUCAAAUGUUACGCAGAAAACUUCCAUCGGCCAGGGAACAAAGUGGUGCUGUUACACGUAGUGGAGAAUCUUAUUGACUACAGGGACAUGAGCCCCGGGCGUAUUAUUGAGCUACAAGCUGAAGCCAAAAAAGAAGCACAGACCUUAAAGGAAAAAUUCGCAGCAAUUGCAAAACAACUUGGGGUGGAAGCGGAAAUACGAGUGGAGAUGGCGGAAAAACCAGCGCACGCAAUUGUGGAAAUGGCAAAUAAAGAAAAGGCGACAUUUAUAGUAACCGGAAGUAGAGGAAUGGGAGUUGUACGACGAACCAUUCUCGGCAGUACGAGCGACUUCAUUCUUCACCACGCCAAGUGCCCAGUUUUUAUUUACAAAAUGGAAAACAAAAACAUGUAAUUUACAUUUUGAAAGUCUUUUCUACUUGCAAACUUGCAACAAUUUUUCUAGAAUUUUUGUUCAUUUCAAAGAGGUAAAGCAUUAUUUUGUAAUACUCGGACUCCAGUACAUAAAUGGUGUCUUUUAUUAUUUUCAAUCUAAAGUUGAAAGUGCAUGAUAAAUUUGUCAUGUAAUCAUUUUCAACUUUAAAUUGAAAAUUUAAAAUAAAAGAAAAAUAUAAUACAUCUUUUUGUAUUGACUCAAACUAUAUAUCAGGGUAAAACUGUGACGUGCAUUCAAUACUUAACUAACCAGUAAACAAGCAAGAAAAAGACGUCCCCCUUUUGGGGUGCUAAUUUUAAGUAGUAUCUACUCGUUUUUACCCCCCCCCCCCCCAACUUCCAUGGAUCUGAUUUGAUUUUAAAAAUUUGCGCCAAGUCUGUAUUUCUAUCUGUUAGUAUUUGUAUAAAUUUAUAAUUAUUCUAACUCUAGAAAAAAAAUAUCACUCCUCUGUUGUUGUCUUUAUUUUGGUGUAUAUUUUUAAAACUGUAUUUAUAAUAAAUGAUAUUAGAGAAUAUGCCUUGUCACAACUCACAGAUUUGUAUGAGUGGUAGCUGACUGAGAUUUACAAUAAGUACCUCUGCUGUUAACCCUUGUUUUAUCUGUGCCUUAUUCAUUUGAUUGUUUUAUACCUAAAGUUAUUAUAUCUAAUUAUUACAUUCAGAUUCAUGUACAUCAUAUUUAUAGAAAGACCAGGUUUAAUAUAUUUUGAAAUGCUUGAUAUUAACAAAUAUACACGUUUGACGCAAGAUGUCUUUUAUUUUUAUAUAUCAUGUAUAUUUUAUAGUAUAUAUUUUUCACCUUGUUUUGAAUAUCACUCCUUCGACAUAUCUUGUAUUCGUACUGUAUAUUCACGUGAU